UGCGGGGUCUCUUGACCUGGGCUCUGGAGGUGGCGUAGGCGCUUCCCCGCCCUGACGACCCCUUCCUCCUCCUCGGUCAGAACUCAGUGGGGACGCGGCACCCCGUUUACCAGGAAGGUGAGGAGGAUUUUCUGUGUCUGCUGCUGGAGGAUGGACGGCAGCGCCGGCUCCCUGCCUGGUGGCGUGUGUUCCGACAUCUGCUUUUCUGUCGCUUCUCUUACACACCCCACUGUGUGUUGUGCAGUUGUGGUUUGACUUCACAAAGCAUCUCCUGCUGCUCUGCUGACUGUUGGAUUUUCCUUCCCUUUAGAGAGCCCCUGAGCACCUCUUCUGCUGCAGCCCCCCAGUGUCCUGCUCCAAUCAUCACCUGGGCUUACGCCUCACCAUCCGCCCCCACCUCCUGGCUCGCGUCUGCUUCUGCUUCAGUCCUACGCAGCCGUGGGUCCAGAUGGGGUCCCCGAAGGAAUGUGUCCUGCCUGGACCAGGCACCCCUGCCCCAUCUGCGGCUGUGGCCUCCUGUCUGGCCUCCCUGCGGAGUCUUGAGCUCGCCUCUACAAAAGCGUUGUGUGGUGCUGCGUUUUCUGAAGUUUCCUCCAAAUAGGAAGAAGACCUCGGAGGAGAUCUUUCAACACCUACAGAGCAUAGUGGACUUCGGCAAAAGUGUCAUGAAAGAGUUUUUGGGGGAGAACUAUGUUCAUUGUGGGGAAGUUGUUCAGCUGCCUUUAGAUUUUGUGAAACAGCUUUGUUUAAAGAUACAGUCUGAAAGACCAGAAUCUCGCUGUGACAAGGACCUGGACACUCUCAGUGGUUAUGCUCUGUGCCUUCCCAAUUUAGCCAGACUUCAGACCUACCAUUUUGCAGAGCACCGGCCCAUUCUGUGUGUAGAAAUCAAGCCAAAAUGUGGGUUUAUUCCUUUCUCCAGUGAUGUUACACAUGAGAUGAAGCAUAAGGUGUGUCGUUACUGCAUGCACCAGCACCUCAAGGUAGCAACUGGGAAGUGGAAGCAGAUAAGUAAAUACUGUCCCCUCGAUCUCUAUUCUGGAAAUAAACAGAGAAUGCACUUUGCCUUGAAAAGCUUGUUACAGGAGGCACAGAACAACUUAAAGAUAUUUAAGAAUGGUGAGCUGAUUUACGGCUGCAAAGAUGCCCGCAGCCCCGUGGCUGACUGGAGUGAGCUCGCGCACCACCUGAAGCCGUUCUUCUUCCCGUCCAACGGCCUGGCUGGUGGGCCGCACUGCACAAGGGCUGUGAUCCGGGAGCUGGUGCGCGUCAUCACGCGGGUGCUCCUGAGCGGCUCAGACAAGGGCCGGGCGGGUGCCCUGAGGCCGGGGCCCGGGCCACGGGGCCCACGUGUCUGUGAAGCCAGCCCUUUCUGCAGGACUCUGCGCCGCCAAGGAAAAAACACCCCGGAGCGCUCAGGGUUACCGAAGGGCUGUCUUCUGUACAAAACCCUCCAGGUGCAGAUGUUGGACCUGCUGGACAUUGAAGGCCUCUACCCACUGUACCGGCGGGUUGAGAGGUACCUGGAGGAGUUUCCUGAGGAGAGAAAAACGUUGCAAAUAGAUGGGCCUUAUGAUGAAGCGUUUUACCAGAAGCUGCUUGAUCUUUCCACUGAGGACGACGGGACAGUGGCCUUCGCACUGACGAAGGUUCAGCAGUACCGGGUCGCCAUGACUGCGAAGGACUGCUCCAUCAUGAUCGCGCUCUCCCCCUGUCUGCAGGACACAAGCUCCGAUCAAAGGCCCAUCGUUCCUUCGUCAAGAUCCAGGUUUGCCUUCUCUGUGUCUGUGCUGGACCUCGACCUCAAGCCCUAUGAGAGCAUCCCUCAUCAGUAUAAACUGGAUGGCAAGAUAGUCAACUACUAUUCAAAGACCAUACAUGCCAAAGACACUGCCGUGAUGUCGACUAGGUUCAAGGAGAGCGAAGAUUGCACGUUAGUCCUCCAUAAGGUCUAACUUUUUUCCUUUAGUGUCUUGGAAACUUGAACAUAGAAUGUGAAGGUUGAAUAAUAGAGCUAUUUUCUUUUGUGUUGGGUGA